AUGCCUUCGUUCAUCAAGUUCGCUGCCGCGGCUCUAGCCGUCGCCGCUCCCCUGGCUUCCGCCCAGACCUACACAAGCUGCAACCCUCUCGAGAAGACCUGCCCUGCGGAUGCUGGUAGCACCGAGUCUCAUCUGAGCUUUGACUUCACCCAGUCCGGUUCUCUCGACCAGUGGACUACUACUGCUGGUACUGUCAACACCGGUGCCAACGGCGCCGAGUUCACUCUCGCCAAGCGUGGUGAUGCUCCCACCAUUGAGACCGACUUUUAUAUUCUCUUCGGGGAGAUUUCCGUUACCAUGAAGGCCGCCCCCGGUCAGGGUGUGGUCAGCUCCAUCGUGUUCGAGUCCGAUGACCUCGAUGAGAUCGAUUGGGAAGCUCUCGGCGGUGACACCACCCAGAUUGAGACCAAUUACUUCGGCAAGGGUGACACCACCACCUAUGACCGCGCCACUUGGCCGGCGGUGUCUGACCCCCAGAACACCUGGCACACUUACACGGUCUCGUGGCAGGAGGAUGCCACCACCUGGUCCGUUGAUGGCAAUGUGGUCCGUACCCUGAACUACGCCGAUGCCCAGAGCGGUACCCGCUACCCCCAGACCCCCAUGCGCAUCCGCAUCGGUAUCUGGGCCGGUGGUGAUCCCAGCAAUGGCGAGGGUACCAUUGAGUGGGCUGGCGGUGAGACCAACUACGCUGGUUGCCCCUACACCAUGUACGUCAAGAACAUCGACAUUGUCAACGCCAACCCCGCCGAGAGCUACACCUGGACCGACAACUCCGGCUCGUACCAGAGCAUCAAGAACUCCAGCUCUCGCAGCAGCAGCGCCGCCACUAGCUCCCCGGUCUUCAACGCCGCGACUACCGUGGCUGUUGGCCCUCUCGGCCUUCUGGCUCUGCUCGCAGCUUUCAUCCAGCUUUAA